AUGCCUUCGUUUGCCGUGCGUCGUGCCGAACAGUGGUCAUGGGUCGUGCCUGAACAGUUCCCCAGAAGGCCUUCGUUUACCGUAGCCGGACCCCGAAUGCCCUUAGAAGGGAACCGUUCGAAUACUCUACCCAGGAGGUCGAAACCUCUUGGCUCGCUCCCUCGCCGCAUCUGUCUCUGCUUCAGAUGUAACCUUUAUCGCUCGCCGUACAUCGUAAAGGCCCAUCGCGGGAACGGUUUUCCCCUUGUUCGUCGGGUUUUUGUCUGUUUCCCCUGGGCGGUUUCUUCUUUUCCCUCCCGUUGUGAUUUUUUGGUUUUUCCCCUUUCCCUCGGGGAAAAACCCGGCCUUCGAUGGUUCGAACGGCUUUGUUUGUUGCGUCGGAAUUGUUCCCCUUUCGGGGUGUUUCGCGGCCCCGUUUGGCCCGCCCCCCCUUUUUUUGCUUUUACGGGGAAAAGCCGCCGCCGCCUGUUCUUCCCGUUUUCUUUUUUACCGCGGGAAAAGGGCCCCCCGGCCCCUUGUAUUCCCCCUCCUUCCCAAAGCCCUGCCUUCCUCUGGGGGGCCCCCCCCUCGCCUACCGUAAAAAUGUUUGGGGGGUUUUACCCCGCCCCCGGUUCCCCCCUUUUUUUUUUGGGCCGGACCCCCCCGCUCCCGGGGACCCCGGGUUUUACCUUUCCCCAAAAUUUUUGGGCGGAAAUUUCCCCCGCCCUUUCCUUUCCCCCUUUUUUGCUCCCCGGAAAAACCCGGGGGCCCCUUAAAACCCCCUUUUAUCGCGUUUCCGCCCCCCUGCCCUCUUUGGCCCCCGUUCGCCGGGGUGGGCCUGCUUGGGUUUUCCCCCGCCCCCGUUCCCCCCGGCCCCCCGGGGGUUCCCGUGGCCCCCCCCUUCGGGUUUUCCCCCUUUUUUCCCACUCGGGUUUUCCCGCAAACCUGAGCCCUUGGAGUAAAUUUUGGGGGGCCCUGCCUUUCCCCGGCGCCUUUGCGGGGGGUUCCCGGAGCCUUUUUUCUUGGCGCCCUGCGGGCACCACCCUCGGGAAAUCCUCUUUCCGGGCACGUCGUUUUGCCCUGCGGUGCGCCCCGACGUCCUUCGGAUCCUGGAAAAGUCUUUGGGGUCGGGAACCCGCCUUUUUCCCUUUUCCGGGGGGCCCCCCUCCCCCCCCCCGGCCCAAACCCCAGGGUAAAAAAUUUUUAAAUAAAGCCGGGGUGCCGCCUCGCCGCCGGCUGCCGCGGGUGGGAAAAACCGCCCCCGCCGCGCCCCAAAAGCUGGCGGGCGCGUCCUCCCCCCGUUCGUCUUUGUCGUUGCCGUUGGCGGCAACGGGCCCGGGGUCCGGUUGUCCCCCGGUAUCCCUUUUUCGCCCGGGUUUAAUCCCCCCGGGGGGCCGGGGCCGCCCUCCCGGAACCCGGCCUAAACCUCGGCCGUUCCCCCCCGGGAGGGGGUCUCCGGGCCCUUUUUCCCGUCGACGGCUUUGGGGGGCCACCGUGGGUUCAAAGGGUCGGGAAAGGGGGACGGGGGAAAGAAAACGCACCCCCAAAGGAAACGCGGCGCGCUUCCCCCGCACGGGGGGGGGGAAAAAACGCGGGGGGCCCGGGCCCCGCCGGGGGGGUCACUUCUCGUUCGGGCCCCGGGGGCGCUGUGCCGCCCGCGGUUUUGCCGGGCUUAAUUGGUUUUUCUUAAAAGCCGGCGCUCUUCUUUCCUUCCCCCCGGGGGCCGGCCCUCUCCGGUUUUUGGUCGUUGCGCUUCCCGGGCCCUUUUGCGGGGUUAGUGGAGGCGUCGCCAAAGGCAGGCGUGCGUUUCCCCCUCCGCGGCCCCCGGGUUACUGCCGCUGUUCACCGCGGCGGCCCCCUUUUCCCCCUUCCCCUUCCCUGGCCCGCCCCUUUCCUGCGGGAACCGGUCCCUUUUCGGGUGGGCAGCCCCUUCCCUUUUGGGGGGUUUCCGGGGGAGCCUUUGAAAAAAUUGAUCUAAACGGGUAA